CCCCCCCCCCCCCCCGGCUGCCGGGGUUCGAGCGAGAGUGCCUCGAACGGCGGCCAGCCGCCGACGACGCCGUGGUCCCACCGUUGCCGAGCAGAGAUGCGUCGUCGUGUCGCCUGAAGGGACGUGCGGCGACGAGGCUCCUCUCGCGCCGACGAGUUUGCUCACACCCUUUUCUUUCUCGAGGCCCGUGCUCUUGUGCAUCACCUUCCGUAACUGACGCGAUAGCCCUGUCCGUGUGCGUGCGUGAGUCGCGAGCGCGCGACUGAGUGGUGUCAUCGUCGUGUGAUUGUUUGUUGUUUGUUUAUUGUGAAGUUUUUUGAACGGUGUCAGAAGAGGACGAGUCGUCGAUCGUCACCGUGACGCUGCCGCCGUGUUUGUGUAGUGACCGUGAUUUCGCGGCGUCGAACGAAAGGAUGGUGUUUCGUGUUGACUAGUGAAACAGACGUGCGCGCGUUGUGACGACGCCGUUGACGAUUCGAAACCGUGACGCACCCCGCGCUCCCAAGUGUCGUUGUCGUCGUCGUCGUCACCUGGAGGGAGAACCAUUUGAAUCCUCGAAGCAUUCGCGAAGAAUCGAGGUCAACCGGGUGAAGGCGUUACGAGAUACCGCGAUUCGUAACUUGGCUGAGAGGGGAUGUCAUCUCCCUCCCACUGAAGGUAGCUUUCCGCACAACGACGUCGACAGCGAAAGCGAUAUCGUCGAAGUUCGGUCAACGAACAUCCACGUGACACGCUGCGACGACCACGGUAUCGGCUGUGGCUUUGUCGAUGGCUUCUGAGAAGCUCGUCGGCCUCCGUUGAAAUCCACAGGUGACGGCGACGCGCGGUAUACCCGCGCGCGCGCGCGUCUUAUCCAUAAUCGGCUCUCAUUUUAGCGAGAGAGGCGAAUCGACGCGUGACCGCGAAAAACGCGCGCGCGCUUCAAGUUCGCCGUCGAUCAGGCAGCGGCAACAAUGUACCGGGACGGUGAAGUGAUCCUCGAAGUGGAAUGCGGCGGCAACAAGGGGCUGCUGUACCUGUCGCGCCUCUGCCAGGGUUCGAAAGGGCCGUGCAUUCUCUUCAGGGAUACCUGGCUGACCCCGAACGAGUUCCAGUACGUGAGCGGACGUGAAACGGCCAAGGACUGGAAGCGCAGCAUUCGCCACCAUGGCAAGUCGAUGAAGUUGCUGCUGGCCAAAGGCGUGCUCUCGGUGCACCCGCCGGUCUGCGACUGCUCGGGCUGCAGGAUCGGAUCACCUCUGCAGCAGUCUCUGGGCAGCACCGUCGGCGGCCUCCGCAGCGACCGGCUCAUAUCGGGCGGGGAGGCGGCCAAGCGGGCCGGAGCGGGAGGCCAGAGCCCCUCGGAUGGCCACAGCCUCGCCGCUGCCUCCGCCGGUGGGGCCGACGACCACGCCGAGCUGCAGGGCGGCGCCUCGACGCAGCUGCAGUCCUCCUCAGCAGCCGCAGCAGCAGCAGCCGUCUCAGCAGCAGUCUCGGCCGCGGCGGCGACCGCAGCGUCGUCUCCCGCCUCGCUGCUGGCGUCGCUGAACGCCGGGGCCGCCCUGCUUGCCGCCCGGCAGUCGCAGCAGCAGCAUCAUCAGUCGCCCAACCUCCUCCUCGGGUCCGCCUUCAACGCUAUGGAAGCGGCUCGCAAACACUCCCUAGCAGACAGCGCGAGUCCAGAGCCAAAACGCGAGAGCCGCCUCACGUCCAUCAUCGACCAGCUGCUGAUCAACAAGACCAAGGACUACUUGCAGCAGUGCAGCGAUCUCACGAAGAGCACCAACCACCACAACAACAGCAACGACACUUCCCAGUCGCCGGCGCUUGACCCAGGCACGCAUAGCAGCCAGCCGUCGAGCCCCCUGUCCCGCAACUCUGCCGGCACCGGCGCCGAGAACACCGACCGGCUCGAUAGCGACGUCUCGGACCGCCUCAGCAGCAGCAUCGCCUCGGGAUCUGAGGAAGAGCCGCUCGACAAACCGGCGGCGGCGAGCAGCGGCGCGACGAGCAACGGCGGUGUCGUGGGCGUCGGUCCGGCGGCCGGCGUGACGACGGCGAGCCGACGCAAGCGGUCGUCGGCGGCUGCGUCGCAGCUCCUCCCGGUCAACGGGACGGCGCUGCUGACGCACCCGGCCAGCGACAUCAAAGUGGAGAGGCUGUCGCCCGAGUCGGACACGGCGUCGCCCCAGUCCUCGCCGUCUCCGGCGCGGGUGUUCCCGCCCGGACUCGGUUUCGUGUUGGGCCUGCGGCCGGGCCUCGUGCCGGGACACCCGUUCCCGCCGGGCGUGAUCGCGGCCGCCGCCGCGCAGGCCGCCGUCGACAGGCAGACGCUGGCCGCGCCGGCGCUCAAGCAGGUGGAGAUGAUGACGAGGAACUACUCGGACUUCAUGAGGUCGCUUGCUGCCAAGUACAACAACCCGACCGGACAGGACGGGUUUGGUUUUAGCCCGAGCAACGGAGCCGUGCCCCCGGGCCUGCUUCGAGGCUUCGAGCCUCCGUUCCCUUUCAAGGCGGCGGGAACGCCUCCGCUGCAGACGUCGGGUCGCCAGAGCGCAGGCCGCGACGGCGGCGGCGGCGGCGGCGGUGUCAACAACAACGCCGCGUCGCACGCGGCCAACGCCGCCGGAGGAGGCAACGUCGACUCCGACUCCGCGGGCCACGCGACGCCCAACCACGGCCUGCCGCCCCACCACGGAGGAGGCCCCGUCGCCUCCGCAGCGCAGCCGCGCGCCACGCCACCGCUGAAGCCGUCGUCGGCCACGUCCUCCCCGCCGUCGGCGCUGCUGGAGCCGCAUCGGGGAAGCGCGCCCUUCAACCUCUCGGACUUCUCGUCGUCUCAGACUCUGCUGAACCUCGUGAGGACCGCGAGCGCACAGAGCGCCUCCCAACUCGAGACCUAUCUCCGCGGCGCCGUCAAGAGACCGCACGACGGGGAGCCCGCGAGGGCCGACCCCCUGGACCUGUCGCUAGGCGGCACGGCAGUCAAGAGACCCCGGUCCACGGACAGCCCGCGCUCCUCCUCGGGCUCCAAGGAACCCGCGGACGACGCGCGGACGCCGCCCCGCAAGCAGGCGACGUCUCCGUGGCUCUUGCAGUUGGAGGGCGCCCGGGGCGCGUCCAAGUCGCCCAAGCUGCGCUGCGGCUCCGUCUGCUCGGAUCAGGCGUCGUCGUUGCAUUCGCCGUGCAGCGGCGCCGUGGGCACCACCACCACGACCGAGGGCGGUCAGCAGCAGCAGCAGCAGCUGGUCGCCAAGUGGACGGUCGACGACGUGGUCCAGUUCGUCGCCUCGGUCGAGUCCUGCCAGGAGUACGCCGAG